UCCUGCCCGGCUUACCACAAGCUCGAGGCGUGAUUAUGGAUCGAAGACCACCACAGUCAUUGCUUCCGAGCACCAGCAAUAGCAACAACAACAACAACAACAACAACAACAACAACAAUCUCAACUAUGCCGCCACUGUCGCCCAGUCUGGUCGCCCCGAGAGGCCGCGACGCAACAAAAUCACCCGUGUGCGCACGGCCUGCGAAUCCUGCAAACGGCGCAGGUCCAAGUGUAGCGGCGUCCCUGCGCCGUGCAAAGCGUGCUUGCAGAGCGGCAUCCAGUGUACUUUUGACCCUUCGCUCGACGGCCGACGUGCAGGCCACCGUGAAGACCGUGAAGCUCUGUUUUUACAGAACCGCCUCCUCACGGCAUUACUCCAAGUCGUCCGAUAUCGCUCCAGCUCCCAGGUCGAAGCCGUCAUCAAUUGUCUCCGCGUAGACAAUCCGACUCAUGAUAUCUUUGCAACAAUCCAAGAGUGUCUCCAGCAACUCGACGACGGCGACGCUGCGGCGACCUCAGCGGAUGCGUUGCAACCUGACUUCGAACAACAGCUACAAGCCUCAUCGUCCGAACGGCCUCCGACCGACAAUUUACUCGACAUCGUCAGUCUGAGCAGGGAUCUAGAUGGCAGAGAGCCCGCUCCCCACAGUAGCACCCCAUCAAGCCACGACGAUGGGGAGGCCGGAAACCACCCAAACCAUCAACACAACAACAAAAUCUGCCCAACGUGUAACCAGCCUUCUCUCGCCUCUGCCAGCGCACUGACGCCUCCGGAAGGUGCCCAAGAGCACCCCGUGCAACCCGUGUCAGACGACGAGCAAUACGCACAAGAAUCCAACCUCCACAGUGGCAACGCUGAGCACGUCUGUGAAGCGACACCCCCAGACAGACCGACGACAUCUCCGAGACGGCAAAGCAACAUUUCCGACUUGCAGCACAGUAGACGGGGGUGGCAUUUCUCGUUGCAAGUUUCGGAAAUUGACUCGGCGAUUUCUGCUGUAGCCUCAACAGACAUUCAGGAUGAAGAGGAGGCGCACCAAACAGAUGUUUCAUAUCAACUGGUGGCCCAACACGCACGUGCCGGUCAGGACACAGAUACUUGCACCGACCCCAGUGAAGCAGCAAACAGUAUUGGUGGUCCGGCUACUCCCGGUUCUUCGCACAACCACGUAUCCCCGAUGUACGGCAUUCAAACGCUGAUUAUGCAGGAGAACACGCCGCUGAGCGACAUCAUCACUGGAUUUCUGGACAGUGCUAAGACCUUGCUCUCAUACGGUGCCUCGUCCUCUUCUGUUCUUGGUUCGGGCAUGAUUGAUGUGGAGUUGUUUUUCCGUGACAGAACGCAAGAGGACGACUUGACAGUCAGUGGCUGGGCUUGCGAGGUAUGGCGAAGCUUUCACGAUUGGGACGUGUACGUCCGACUUGCACAAGUUUUAGCCUAUACCGCAGUCAUGCGCUGGAUGCUGGCUCCCACCCAGCACUCCUAUGCUGCCAUUCCGGCUAUCCUCAGACCGCGACCGAUUCAAUACUUGGUUCCUCAUCACAUUGCGCUUGACUUCUUACCACUACCACCGUUGCGCGAAGCUCUCAUCAAGAAUCUCCGGGACUGGAUGACGGCUUUACCCGCAGCUCGACUCAGCGUCAACUGGGCCCGCAGUAUGGACGAAGCAGUAGUUUGGGACGAACAACGCCGUCGCCGCUCCCUGUCGAAAGACUUCGUGGAACACGUCACAAACUAUCAGAAUUGGAGCAUCGGCGAAAGUAUUCUUAGCACGUUUCCUGAAAUCAAGGGGUUGGUUCGGCUUGACAGGAUAUAAGGAUUAACGCUGGCGUUGUUGGUUCCCCAGGCUGUGGAGAUCCAUGAGGGUGCCGUUUCCUGAUAUUGCCUUUGUACGAGACACGACGAGACGCAGCGUUCUACUUUGCCAUACAAACUAUCACAUAGCAGGGCACAUGUGUCUUUCCAAUCUAAUGACGCCGAGCAACAGCCAUUGGCAAGUUACUUCGGGCGCGGUCUGUCGAGCUCUAGGUCUCCCAGAUACCUCCAAGGCUGAGAGCUUAGGGAGGUGAAGUCGGCAAGCUCCGAGCCGCUUGCGUAUGCUGAUCGAUGAUCGAAAAUGUGGAUCGAUGAUCGCGUCUUGCGAUCUGGUCCAGAGCUGCAUCAUGCGCUCCCAGUUCCCUGAAGCAGUCUUCAGCCACACCUGCAAGUGCUGCUCAGGGGACAUGUUAGCCACAGUUGUCGAGUCUGCCAUACGACUUUGCUCGACCAGCUAUCGCGAAUCCCCUUCCCUUACGUGCCUCCCAUUGUCCUCGAUCCUUCGCCGACAGAUGAAAAGAAUGAAAACCUGCCACAGGCUGUAUGGGCAGGGUUGACGGGGAGCACAAAGGCAACUGUUGCAACCCGAAUCCCACGCAGGUGGAUUGAAGACGACGGCUUGAAGACUGGGUCGAGUCGAGGUGGCACGAGCACAUGAGAAUGCUGUCUGUUUCCUGGAAGGCCAGGGGAGUCCGGCACCAGGACAUCGGGAGGAAGAAUCCAGGUCUCUCAGCGAUAGUGAAAACAGGGGGACUACAUGGGAAGCCGGCUCAGAGCAGGGCACACAAAGACGCCGCAGACCUCUGCUGCAUCAUCGCAGAGUGACGCUGCUCAUGUCGUGUAUGCUCGAGCAGUGGGAACAGGAAUAUGCAUCGCAAUUCAGGCGUAGCAGGUAUCAGUCGUGGCGGACUGCUAUUUCGAGUACCAGACAAGCAGAGACUAC